UCCAACUCACCCUAUGGGCGCACGCACAUCCCACCCAAGUUCACACUCCCACUCCCACCGCCCGUCGUCGCCCUCUACCCUCAAACCGUCAUCUCCUCCGACGGGAGCAGCUUCACCCACUGGUCCACUUCCCCCCAGUCAACAUACAAGAUGGCCAGGGAUAUACAUAAUAACGCGCUCUACUGGCCUGGGGAGACAUACGUCCGUGCGGGGGAGGAGGAUGAGCAGGGCAGGAUGGGGAGGUUCAAGCGGCGGUUUGCGAGGGUUGGGCAGGCGGAGGAGGGGGUGGAGCUGCAGGGAGAGCUGUUUAGGGAA